CCGAAGGCGUGUGUCUUCCACACUUCAAUAUCCAAUAUUCACAACUCAUAUAGUUUCAUUUCACAUAUUUAGAUCUAUGGCAGAAAUUCAGCACCACCAUGCAGCUACACUAGCACGUAGUGAAUCAAAAGUGUACAGCAUGGAUGUUGAAAAAAAAGGAGAAGAAGAAAAUGAUGAAAAAGAUUAUACACAAAGAGCACAAUGGCUUAGGGCAGCUGUUUUAGGUGCUAAUGAUGGUUUACUCUCAACAGCAUCCCUAAUGAUGGGUGUUGGUGCCGUUACAAAAGAUGUUAAGACAAUGAUUCUAACUGGAAUUGCUGGUCUUGUAGCUGGUGCAUGUAGCAUGGCAAUUGGUGAAUUUGUGUCUGUCUAUUCACAAUAUGAUAUUGAAUUUGCACAAAUGAAAAGACAAGGAAACAUUUCUCAAAAAGAUAAAUUGCCUAACCCUUAUUAUGCUGCUUUUGCUUCGGCCAUCGCUUUUGCGGUCGGCGCCUUUGUGCCGCUACUCGGCGCGGCGUUUGUGAAAGAUUAUAAGGUGAGGUUGGGAGUAGUGGUUGGUGUUGUUAGCCUUGCUUUGUUUGGCUUUGGAUUGUUGAGUGCUGUUCUUGGGAAAGCACCCUUGGUGAAGUCUUCUUUGAGGGUUUUGAUUGGUGGAUGGCUUGCUAUGUCUCUUACUUUUGGUUUAACUAAGCUUGUAAACCAUGUUGUAGUUUGAUCAUUUUGAUCAACUUUAAAUCUUUCUUUCCAUGGUACUUAAUUUGUAAUUUUAUUCCACGUACAUCUUCCUUUUGUUAUAAGAUAAGUUUAGUUUGAUGAUAUGAACAUUUCUUAUUUUUGUUAA